AUGGGGAGCAAGGCCCUGCCGGCGCCCAUCCCGCUCCACCCGUCGCUGCAGCUCACCAACUACUCGUUCCUGCAGGCCGUGAACACCUUCCCCGCCGCCGUGGACCACCUGCAGGGCCUGUACGGGCUCAGCGCCAUGCAGACCAUGCACAUGAACCACUGGACGCUGGGCUACCCCAACGUGCACGAGCUCGCCCGCUCCACCCUCAGCGAGAUGGCGGCGGCGCAGGGCCUCGUGGACGCGCGCUUCCCCUUCCAGGCGCUGCCCUUCGCCACCCACCUCUUCCACCCCAAGCAGGGGGCCAUCGCCCACGUGCUGCCGGCCCUGCACAAGGACCGGCCCCGCUUUGACUUCGCCAACCUGGCCGUGGCCGCCACGCAGGAGGACCCCCCGAAGGUGGGCGAGCUGGCCAAGCUGAGCCCCGGGCUGGGCAGCCCCAUCUCGGGCCUCAGCAAAUUGACUCCGGACAGGAAGCCCUCCCGGGGGAGGCUGCCCUCCAAGACGAAAAAGGAGUUUAUCUGCAAGUUCUGCGGCAGACACUUUACCAAGUCCUACAACCUGCUCAUCCACGAGAGGACCCACACGGACGAGCGGCCCUACACGUGCGACAUCUGCCACAAGGCCUUCCGGAGGCAGGACCACCUGCGGGAUCACAGGUAUAUUCAUUCCAAAGAAAAGCCCUUCAAGUGUCAGGAGUGUGGGAAAGGAUUUUGUCAGUCUAGAACUCUAGCCGUUCACAAAACUUUACACAUGCAGUGUGCCAAACCCUUCUCUCCAGAUGGUCUCAAAGAAUGUUCAAGGAAAUAA